CCAUAAGCUACACCGACAUGACGUCAGCAUAGAAGCGCUGAACUAAAACAAACCAACCUCACUCACUUGUGCUCUCGGACUGGACCGCGCAGCUAUUAGAAUUUUACAAUAUCAAUUUAAGCAUACAUUUGUAAAUCCAGUCAGAUUUCAAAUCAUAAUUUCCUGUUUAUUGCUUAGAUCAAACCAAUAUCCAUUGUGUAGCCCGCGUUAAAGCUUGUGCCUCAGUGCCUGUUAUCUCUCGCGCAACCUGAACCUCUCCCUAAAAGCAUGUCUUCGAAGCCCGGUGACGAACUAGGUUCGGAAGGGAAAUGGUUUGGGGACGAUUGUGAAAGAAAUGGCAUAUUCGGAAGUACACCACCUCUGUUUGAUGAGCUACGUGAAGAUUUAAAAUCGAAAAGCAGGGAAGAGACGAGCGACCUGAAUGAAAAAUUCCACAAAUUUGAGGACGAUGGGGAAAGGCCUCCCGUUGCUAUGGAAACUGCAUCUACAGGUGAUGCCAUGUCUGACCUUUUCAGGAAUCCCAUGAGUGAUGAUGGUGAACUGUACACCUCACUCCUGUCCAAUCAGAGCUACCCCUCAGGCCAGGAUGCCUCUUACCUGUCUGAUGACCUGAAGCGUUCCUCUGACCACUCCUCCCAGGACACCUUCGACUCCUACGGUAUCUUUGAUUCCCCCCACACCAAGAUGACCACUGACCUGGUUGAUGUGAUGCCCAAGUCCCUGCUGGGUAGCUCUGAGUUGAAGACGGAGGCCUACAACUACAUGGAUAUCAGCCAUGGUGAUGACGUCCACAACCUGAGCUGUCCACAACCAGCACCCCUGCAUAGUCUGGUGGACACCGGGCUGUCUGGCCUGGACUCCCUGGGAGACUACAUGGAUAAGAGCCCUGCAGGACACGAGGAGGAAGAGGAGGAGAACCUGGGACCAGCGCUGGACUCCCACUCCUUCCCUUACGUUGAGGAGCCUUCUGAGGAUGAGGAGCUGUCUGACUACCGCUCCUACCGCAACCUGGGCACCCCUCAGACCGCUAGCCCUGUGAAGAUCAUCCUGACCGAGUCCCACCCACCUGCUGCCCCCAAACCCAUCCUCCCACAGGCAAACGUGUCUGACAACAUCCUCAGCCUGGGCUUGCAGGGCGUCCCCACGGUUACGCUCUCUGAGCCAGAGGACGACAGCCCUGACUCAUCCCCCAAUGCAUCCCCAACAGAAAAAGAAUCCCCUUCCCAAGACCUGUUCACGUCUGUCCCCAGCAGCAAGCCGACCCCGGGAUCCACCAAGGCCAGUGAGCAGGACGUCAGCAGUGCAGAGUCUGGGGACUCUGAGAUAGAGCUGGUCUCUGAGGAACCCCCCCUGCGGAGCCCCCCCAGCACCAAGUCCAGUAACAACCCUUUUGAGCAGUCUCCCAGCAGCAAGGGAGGUUUCAGCCAGGCUGGCAACACCUUCGACAACCCCCCCAGUGCCAAGGGACCCACAUCCUACAGCAUCCUGAGGGAGGAGAGGGAGGCUGAGCUGGACAGUGAGCUCUUCAUUGAGUCUGCCAAUGAGGAGAGCCCCAAGAGAGAGGGGUCCGGCCCCAAACAGGGGGUCAACACCCCUUCACCACUGAUCCUCACCGCCUCGUCCCCCGCCCGCUCUGCCCCAGAACUGGUCCCAGCAGAGCCUGUGACGAGCUCCACCAUUAAAUCAUCCAAUGAAAAGAGCAAGAGCCCCAUGAAGAUGGAGGAGGAUCGCCCAACUAAGCCCAAGCCCCCCAUGGCCACCGUGCCCCCGGAGGUGAGGUCCGAAAAGCCCCUCCUGGACGACAAGCACGUCACUGAGGGGAAAGGAGACCUGGCUACACCUGCUGCGCCUGUCUUUAUGGAGGGCUUUGACAAACAGAAAACCAUUGACCUGCUCUACUGGAGGAACGUGAAGCAGUCUGGAGCUGUGUUUGGCAGCGUGCUCCUGCUGCUCUUCUCUCUGACCCAGUUCAGUGUGGUCAGUGUGGGAGCCUACUUAACCCUGGCCGCCCUCUCUGCCAGCAUCAGCUUCAGGAUCUACAAGUCUGUGCUUCAGGCUGUGCAGAAGACCGAUGAAGGACACCCGUUCAAAUCCUAUCUGGAAGUGGAGAUCUCCCUGUCCCAGGAUCAGAUUGGUAAUUAUGCUGACAAGGCUUUGCUCUACGUCAACACCUGUAUGAAGGAGCUCCGUAGGCUUUUCCUGGUCCAGGACCUCAUCGACUCACUGAAGUUUGCUGUGCUGAUGUGGCUGCUGACCUAUGUGGGCGCUCUCUUCAAUGGCCUGACUCUGCUUAUUCUAGCCGUGGUGUCCAUGUUUAGCAUGCCCAUUGUCUAUGAGAAACACCAGGCACAGAUUGACCAAUAUGUUGGACUAAUACGGACCCAAGUGAACUCCGUAGUGGGGAAGAUCCAGGCGAAGAUCCCUGGGGCCAAGCGAAAGGAAGAGUAGACGCGAGUCUAGCUAACAGCGAGGUCCAGCUCAGACAGCUUGAUCAUUGUUGGAGAGCCUUGUCAUUAUCUGUGGGGUAGUAGUACUAUUUCAUCUAGGUGUUCUCUAAAACCAACCACUGAAGAAGCCCUGACCCCAAAACUGUCUAGAACGGUUAACACAAACUAAAUCACUCAUGUUCAAGAUCUUAUGUCUAGAUAGACAAGUACACAAUUCUGAACAACAAAAAGAACCAGCCUUUUUUUUAUUUGUGUUGCUUGGUAUUAAGUGCAUGACGUCAAGCCUUGAGUAAAUAUUUGAUAUAUUUUGUGCAGUUUUUCAUGCUACAUUUUUUUGCUGUGCUUACAACAAACUAAGAUUUGGCACAAAAAAGAGAUAUGCCUACAGAAAUGCUCUGCUGCCAAUGUUAAAUACCGCUUCAUGUUCGAGUUUGCUGGUGGGGCUUCUCUCAGUAUAUGACAAUAUAUAUAAAAUUAUUUCCUUUUGGUGUUUUCAAGCACAAAAUAAUUUGACAAUGUGUUUUAGAUGUGGUAAUUGUAGGGUUUUUGCUUUUGUAGAACUAUAAGGAACUAUACACAAGCUGGUGUUUUAGGUAACGUUGUUUGACUACCAUGAAGACAAGGAAUAUCUGAUGAUAUUUAAUUUGUUUGAAUUAACUGUCCAACUAUACUCAAUGUAGUUCUUAGACCCUGGACUAACUAUUUGCACUUACAGUAUGUAUUUCAUUACAGAAUAAGAAAAAUAAAUGUUCCUUGAUGUAUUA